AUGGGUGUCGCGGCUUUGGUUCCGCUUUUGAAUUAUCGCAACUUGAAGCAGCUAGCUCAUACGCAUCGCGUUGCUCUAUCGGUUGGAACUCGCAGUCGUCUCUCUGUCGUUCGUCUGCUACUCUCUCACACAUGCUCUUCUAGCUGCGGCAUCCGCUAUGCUGUAUUUGUCUCCACCGCCAUAUAUGUACCCACUGCCCUGCCUCUUUCUGAAAGCACCAGUAAUCCGACACCUGCUACAAUUCCCGUUGUUUCUCCAUCCGACACGGGCUGCUUCCCUCCUCCCCCUCUUGGAAAGGAAGAUGUCGCACAUAUCGUUGCCGACUGGUGUGACUCGAUCAAUGGCUCUUCAUUGAUUGAGUGUCCGUGCGCAGUGUGUGGUGAGCUUGUUCUUGGGACAUCCGUGUCAACCGUUCUUCGCGAUGGCCUUGACUUAUCCCCUCUGGUUCGCAGAGGCGUCUCCGCCGGGCUUGCUCAGGAGCCCAUACUUUACCCUCCUGCGGUACAUGUCCGUGAUGGAUUGUGUUUCUUAGAUGUUUGCUCCACAUGUCUCAACGGUUUACGGCACCAUCUUCUGCCAAGGCGUGCUCUCGCUAAUGGUUUGUGGGUCGGUGAUGUUCCACUUUGUCUUCAGAGCUUGACUUUUGUGGAGAAAUUGGUAAUCUCUAAGUAUCGUCACAACGCUUGUGUCGUUGAGGUUAACCAAGGUAAAGGUGUUCCUGGGCAGCGCAAGAUGCGUGCUAAUGCCAUUAUCUUCCCGCAGCCCAUUGGAAACGUUUAUACUGUGUUGCCGCCGCCUCGUGAAGACUUAGAUGAAGUAUUGGCUAUCCUAUUCAUUGGCCCCUGUGUCCCUUCGGAGCCUGAUUACCGUCGGACACCUUUGUUGGUGAGACAUCGCGUUAUUGUUGAGGCCUUAAAUUGGCUUAUAUCCAAUCACUCACUUUACUCAGACGUGGAGAUUUCUUACACCAAUCUAUCGCAGUAUCUUGAAAGCGAGCCACCGGUCAGUGUGUUACACAAGACCACCGACGGGCUACGCCCUGCAGAGGGUAUGUCUGUGUACGAUCAGGAUGGUGAAUUGGGUGCAGACAGUGGCCCUUGUGAGUUUGUCGUCCAGAGUCUAUCUGCAGAUCAGUUAGUUGAUAUG